CUUCGGCCCGUUGGAACCGGAUCCAUAGGUCGUCUACCCGUCUGCAAAUUCAGCCAGCAAGAAGCCAUGUAGCUUGGUCCUAAGCUAGAUUUACGCCGAUACAUAUCGCUUCUUCAACACGGCACCGGCUUUCCGCUGAAGACGAGGGACCGCCCUCCUCAGCCGCUCACUGGCAACGGCUUUUAUUGGCGCAACGCCUCCCACGUCGAGCUUCAGCCCACUUGUAUAGCUUGACACGUGUGACAUCUGCAAAAUGCAAUUGCUCAAGAAUACAACGGGGCAGGCGCUGGGCCAGCGGCGCGAGAAAACGCUCGCACUGCGCCAGACUCAGACUAUUCGCGCACCUCUUGUUGCAUCGAACAUAUCUACAGCUGGAGAGGAGCGUGGAAACCUUGCCACUUGCCGGGCGGCCUCACCGGUGACGGUGCAGGAGACACGCGAACUCGAGCGGGACCCUGCUGAGCCCCCGAGCACUAGCGGUGGAGACCGCUCGCACGAGACAGACUAUGUCGUCAUUGGAAGUGGCAUUGGAGGCCUGUGCUGCGCCGCGCUGCUGGCCAAGUACGGCUACCGUGUGACGGUGUGCGAGUCACACUACUUGGCGGGCGGCGCGGCUCAUUCGUUCUCGGUGGGCGGCUACCGCUUCGACGCGGGGCCCAGCUUCUUCCUGGGUAUCGGUGGGCCGCCCGGGGACGGCAGCCCCAACCCGCUCAAGCAGGUGCUGGACGCAGUGGGGGAGAGCGUGGAGACCAAGAAGUACGACCGGUGGGUGGUGUACCCGCCCGGCGGCGGCUCCUUCCCCAACAUCGCAUCGGGCUCGGCGUACGAGGCAACCAUCCUCAAGCACGGCGGUCCCGAGGCGCUGGCGCAGUGGCGGGCGCUGGACACCGCCAUGAGGCCGCUGCAGACCGCCGCCGGCCUGUUCCCCGCCGCCGCCCUCCGCGGCGACCUGGGUGUGGCGCUGACCGGUGCGCGCUUCCUGGGGCCCGAGAUGCUGGGCAUGGCGGCCAUAGCGCCCCUGCUCACGGGCCCCUUCUCGGCGCUGGUGGACAAGCACGUGACCCACCCCUGGCUGCGAGCCUUCCUGGACCUGGAGUGCUUCGUGCUGUCGGGCAUGACGGCUCGCGACACGCUGUGUGCGGAGAUGGCGUUCAUGUUCGCCGAGCGCAACGCCGGCCGCACCGCCAUCGACUACCCCAUGGGCGGCAGUGAGGCCAUCAUCGAUGCACUGGUCCGCGGCAUCACCAAGAACGGCGGCCGCGUGCUGCUGCGCACACACGUGGAGCAGGUGGUGAUGGAGGGCGGCCGUGCCGCGGGCGUGCAGCUGCGGCCUCAGGGUCCCGCCGCCGCCACCUCCAGCAGUAGCAGCAGUAGCAGCAGCAGCAGCAGCAGCAGCAGCAGCAGCAGCAGCAGCAGCGGCCAGCCGGAGUUCAUCCGUGCGCGCUGCGGCGUGGUCUCCAACGCGAGUGUGUGGGACACGCAACGGCUGCUGCCGCCGGGCGCGGCGCCGGAGCAGUGGCGGCGGACCAGCCUCAAGACGCCCGCGCUGGACUCGUUCGUGCACCUGCAUCUGGGCAUCGACGCCACCGGCCUACCGCCCGACCUGGAGUGCCACCACCUCGUGGUCAACAGCUGGGAGCAGCUCACAGGGCCGCAGAACGUGAUCAUCGCCUCCGUGCCCACCGUGUUUGACCCCAGCCUGGCGCCCCCGGGCAAGGCCACGGUGCACUGCUACUGUGCGGCCAAUGAGCCCUACGACCUGUGGGCGGGGCUGGACAGGCGCUCGCCCGAGUACAAGGCGCUCAAGGAGGAGCGCGCGGAGCCGCUGUGGGAGGCGCUGGAGCGCUUCAUCCCGGACAUCCGCGACCGCACCGAGCUCAAGCUGGUCGGCUCGCCGCUCACACACCAGCGCUUCGUGCGGCGGCACCGCGGCAGCUACGGCCCGGGCAUUAGCGCGGCGGGCGGCGCGGGCUGGCCCGGCCCCAAGACGCCGGUGCCCGGCCUGACGGUGUGCGGCGACUCGUGCAUGCCCGGCAUUGGCGUGCCCGCCGCCGCCGCCUCGGGCAUGAUCGCCGCCAACAGCCUGGCGCCGGUGUGGGCGCACCUGCGCAUGAUGGACGCAUUGCUGCCGCAGCCCGGCGGCAGCGCCAAGGCGGGCGCGGUUGCGGCGCGGCGGUGAAGCGCGUGGAGGCAGAGGUGGAGGUGGAGGUGGAGUGUGGAGGUGUAGACGGGUGGAGGUGGCGUGUAGGGAGGAGGAAGGGGGGAGGGGGAAGAGGGAGAGGGGAAGAGAGGUACAAUCGCUUCGAGAAGGUUGAAUCAGACAGAGCGUGGAGGGUUGUUUAGAGAGGAGAGAGCGCGCGUGUGCAUGUGUGUGUGAAUGAACAUUGUCUUGGGGGACAAUGUGAGGGGAGAGGAGAGCUCCGGGAGUGCUGUCGUAUCGACAUUCAUUCCUGCGCGCAGCCGCCAGCGACCAGCAGCUACGCCUGCUUGGUGGCGGUGGGACUGGGGUGGUGUGCAGUGGAGGACUGUGACGUGGCUGGUGCGUUUGAUUGGUUGGGCCUUGGGGAGAGAAGGGUGCACCGGAUAGGUUAGGUACAGCGCUCUGUACAUGCAAUUGCACACAGAUGCCCCUGUCUUUGUUGUGGCUGCCUUGAGGAGUCAGCUGAUGGCUGGUGGGCACUGGAAUUUACACGCUUGCGUCGCGACUGGCAAUGGCACGCCGCGCCCAGGUGCUUCCGUGGUUGCGUGCAGCUGCGUGCUGCUAAGCUGUGGCGGAGAUCGUAGGGGGGGGGUCUUAUCGGAUAAGCGGCAUGGCUAAUGACAUUUGACCGGCGCGCGUUGCCGUGGGAGCUCGGGAGGUGAGCGGGCGUGCCUGGGCGUGCCGCCAGAAGAAGAUUUCGCGAAGGCAAAUCGGAAAGUCUCGGCACAGCUAUAAGCAUACACACGUUGCGCGCACAUAUGUAAUUCCUCUAUCAC